GGGGUUAGUUUUCACAAUGCGCUGCUCUCCUCUAACUCUGUUGUGCAAGACUUGUAUGUUUAACAUUUCUAACCAGCCAAAAUUGCUCUUUAUAUUUGAUCAGGAAUAAUUUUUUUUUUUACCUUUGAACCUGUUGCAAGGCAGGUUCAAAGGUUACCUGGGUGCAGUGUUGCCUGUUUAUUAAAGCCACACUCUGAUGAUUCGGGGCUUAGUCCUGCCACGGGAGCUGGGGAAGCACCACUGGAGCUGGGGAAGAACCAACCCUGGAACACCCCUUGGGAGUUGUAAAGCAGCAAAGGAAGCAAGCUGAACCAGCCCCUCCACCCUCCUCCAGCACGGAAGGAAGGUUCAGCUCUGGCUCCACUGAUCCAGCACAAUGAUCUGGAUACUUCAAGUAUUGUUCUCACCACUCCCAACACCAGCACUGAUCAGUCUUAUUGCAUUUGGAUCUGUCAUCUUCCUGUGGGUGAUAAGCAGGCCCAAACCCCUUUUACCUCCUGUUGACUUGAACAAGCAGUCAAUAGGAAUUGAGGGAGGAGCCAGAAGAGGUGCACUCUUGACAGAUAAUAACCUGCUUUCUUAUUACUUUGAAGAUGCUAAAACCCUGUAUGAAACUUUCCAGAGAGGAGUGAAUAUUUCUGGAAAUGGUGGCUGCCUAGGCUACAGGAAACCCAAGCAACCUUAUCAGUGGCUGACAUAUAAGCAGGUUUCAGACAGAACUAAAUACCUGGGAUCAGGGCUUCUGCAAAAAGGAUGCAAACCAUCACCAGACCAGUUUAUUGGCAUUUUUGCUCAGAAUAGGCCAGAGUGGAUCAUUUCAGAGUAUGCCUGCUACACCUACUCAAUGGUUGCUGUUCCACUCUAUGACACUCUGGGACCAGAGGCCAUUGUAUAUAUUGUUAACAAAGCUGAUAUAAGCGUGGUGAUCUGUGACACGCCAGCGAAGGCAGAGGUCUUGCUUAAGAACUGUGAGGACAAAAAGACCCCACGUCUAAAGAUUAUUGUUCUCAUGGAUCUCUUUGAUAAAGAGCUCAAGGACAGAGGAGCUAAAGUGGGAAUUGAAAUUCUGUCACUGCAGGAGGUUGAGGAGCUGGGAAGAAACAACAUCAGAGAACCAGUUCCUCCUAAGCCUGAAGAUCUUUCUGUUGUGUGUUUUACAAGCGGAACCACAGGUAACCCUAAAGGAGCCAUGCUGACACAUCAGAAUGUUGUUUCAAAUGCUGCUGCCUUCCUUAGAUGCAUAGAGAACACAAUUGAGUGUACAAGUUCAGAUAUUGCCAUUUCCUAUCUUCCUUUGGCUCACAUGUUUGAGAGAGUUGUGCAGGCCGUGGUAUACAGCUGUGGAGCAAAAGUAGGCUUCUUCCAAGGAGAUAUCAGGCUGCUAACAGAUGAUAUGAAAACCUUAAAGCCAACACUAUUUCCAGUUGUACCAAGACUGCUCAACAGAGUAUAUGACAAGAUCCAGAGUGGUGCAAACACCCCAGUAAAGCGCUACCUCUUAAAAUUUGCUGUGUUUAUGAAGAUGGCUGAAAUAAAACAGGGCAUCAUUCGAAAUAACAGCAUUUGGGACAAGCUAGUCUUCAAAAAAGUUCAGGAAACCAUGGGUGGAAAAGUGCGUAUCAUGGUGACAGGUGCAGCCCCUAUAUCUCCCUCUGUCCUGACAUUUCUUAGAGCAGCAUUAGGCUGUCAGAUCUUUGAAGCUUAUGGCCAGACUGAAUGCUCAGCUGGAUCCACUUUCUCAAUGCCUGGAGACUGGACAACAGGCCAUGUUGGAGCCCCUCUGGCUUGCAAUAUCAUAAAAUUAGAUGACGUGGAAGAAAUGAGCUACUUCUCUUCUAACAAUGAAGGCGAGGUCUGCAUUAAAGGACCAAAUGUGUUCAAGGGUUAUCUGAAAGACCCCGAGAAGACAGCAGAAGCAAUUGAUAAAGAUGGCUGGCUCCACACUGGAGACAUAGGGAAAUGGUUGCCAAAUGGAACACUGAAGAUCAUUGACAGAAAGAAGAAUAUAUUUAAACUUGCACAAGGAGAAUACAUUGCUCCAGAGAAGAUAGAAAAUGUCUACAUUAGAAGUACUCCUGUAGCCCAGGUCUUUGUACACGGUGAAAGUCUGAGGUCUUUUCUAAUAGGUAUCGUGGUUCCUGAUGCUGAAAUGCUUCCAGAAUUUGCAGCAAAACUGGGAGUAAAAGGUUCCUUUGAAGAGCUCUGCAAAAACCCUGCAGUGAAGAAAGCUCUUUUAGAUGAUAUGAUCAGACUGGGGAGAGAGGCUGGCCUUAAAUCCUUUGAACAAAUUAAAGACCUGUACAUCCACACAGAGUUGUUCUCUGUAGAAAAUGGACUCUUGACACCAACACUGAAGGCAAAGCGAGGAGACCUUGUUAAAUUCUUCCAGAAGGAGAUUGAGGCCCUCUAUUCAUCUGCUCAAGAAUAAAUGGCCGGUUUAUUUUAAACUGCAUGGAGUAGUUAAAUCUGUGACACUACAUGGCCUAUGGUGAAGACAGGCUUGAGUGGAGGGGAACAGGAACUUAAAUUUAUUUGCUUCUAGUACCUGAGAAAAAUGACUUGUGAAUGAAGAUGGCUGUAGUAAAACCAACAACUAGCAGUGUUAACAUCCGGUGGGACUGAGCAUCAACUGUCUAGGCAAAGCCAGAACUUUCAUCUUUCUCAGACUGUGACUGAAAUGCAAAAACAUGCAAGAACCUCAGCCUUUAAAAGACAGCUGUAUGCAUUCUCACUGUCAAAAGCAAACCUUGUUUUCCUGCUGAAACUAUGAACUCCACUGUGACCUGUUGUGGAUUGAUCUGCAAUCAGACUGAACUCAGUAUGAAUUCAUGCUAACAUCUGUUCAGCAAACACCGAAGUGAAUUUCCUGUUCCUAGUCCUGGACCACACAGUAUAAGUUGUUUAUAAUGAAAAUGAGUAAUCUGGCAUCAACUGGUUUGCAAAAUACAUUUGUCUACAGCAAACACAGUUUAUUCUUUAAGAGGCACUGGAUCAAUUUUUGGACAUUUUCAAAUGAAAUGGCAGCGUUGAAGUCUUUACACUUACGAAUUUGAGCCUAAUAAGUGUAAAACUUUAGCUGUCAAUCCUAAGGAUAUAGGAUGCAAUAAAUUGAGACUGCACAAUCAAA